CAACCAUGCGGGAUCCUCGCUCGCGCAUAGCGGCCAACAGCCAUGCGUGCCGCCUACGAUAACGCCAGAUCUAGCCUUACUAUGUACCUGCUCGCCACGGAGAUCAUCGGCUACGGCGACCACGACUUCGCCUUCGCUCCCUACGGGGCCUACUGGAGGGCGCUGCGCAAGCUGUGCACGCUGGAGCUCCUCAGCGCGCGCAAGGUGAGGCAGCUCGCGCCCAUCGGAGACAUCGAGACCAUGUCCCUCGUGAGGGAGAUCUGUUGCUGUUCCUGUGGCGCCCGCGGCGAGCCAGCAGCAGCAGUCAACCUCGGCAGUAUGCUGGUCUCCUGUGCUAACUACAUCACUGGGCUGGCGACCUUCGGAGACCGCUUCAGCAGCGAGCACAAGGCGAAAUUCCUGUCAGCGAUGGCGGUCGUGCUGAGCAGCGGCUCCGGUUUCUGCGUCUCCAACCUCUUCCCGUCGAUGCGGUUCCUGGACGUCGCCACCGGCAUGCGACGCCACCUGCAGGUGGCGCAUGAGCAGCUCGACCAGGUGCUGGACCAUAUCAUCAAGGCGUGCGAGGCGAGGCAGAAGGUCAAGAAUGCUGAGGCGGCGGAAGACGACGAUAUUCUGAGCACCAUGCUUAGAAUCAAAGAUGAGGAGUUCGACUUCCCGUUCAACAUAACACACAUCAAGGCAGUCAUCAUUGAUUUAUUCAUAGGAGGCACCGAGACGACUUCGUCUGUGGCUGAGUGGGUCAUGUCCGAGUUCAUGAGGAACCCGGAAGCCAUGGCCAAGCCCCAAGCAGAGGUUCAACGAGCACUCGACAGCAAGAACCCAGGCGACCACGAGUCGCUCAUGGGCUGCCUGAGCUACACCGGCAUGGUGAUCAAGGAGACGAUGAGGCCGCACCCGUCGCUCCCGCUCCUGCUUCCCCGCCUCUGCAGCUAUAGCCAUGUGGGGGAAUGA